AUGAAAUAAUAUCUUGCAAUAGCUUUAGUAACCUUGCUGAUGACAGUUGGAUAUUACAAUGUUUCUGAAGAAAAUAAAUCAGAGUUUGAACUUUGGACUACAUAAAAUAACAAAUUGUAUACUGAAUCCGAAAAAAUGUACAGAAUGGGAAUAUACUAUUCCAACAAAAGAAUGAUUGAAGAACAUAAUCUAAGAGAUGAUGUUACUUAUAAAAUGGGGGAAAAUCAAUUUAUGGCUCUUACUCAUGAAGAAUUUGUUGACCUGUAUUUAUAAAAAAAUCUUAAUAUUCCUAUGGAUAAAAUUUAAGUUAAUAUUCCAGAAGUCUAACUGGAAGGAUUAACUGCAGUUGAUUGGAGAAAUUACUCUUCAGUCAAAGAUUAAGGUACAUGCAAUUCAGGUUAUGCCUUUUCUGUCAGUAAUUCAAUAGAAGCCUGGUAUGGUAUUAUGAAAUAUUAAAAAAUAUAUCCAUCCACAUAACAAAUAGUUGACUGUGAUUUUAACUCAUCUGGAUGUUAUGGGGGUUAUAAUGGAUAUGCUAUGGAGUAUGCAUUCAGAGUAGGAUUAUCUACUAACUAAACUUAUCCAUAUGUUGAUAGAGAAUAGAAUUGUAAAUAAACAAGAAAUGGUACUUAUUUUAUUUCUGGUUAUUCAUUUGUUGGAGGAUCAUAAUAAUAAUUAUAGUAAUCCUUAAGUAAGUAUCCAGUAUCAGUUGGAAUAAAUGCUGAUAAUUGGUAAUUUUAUAGUUCAGGAGUAUUUUACAAUUGUUCAUCAAAUGCUACCACUCAUUAUGCAUUAGCAGUAGGAUUUGACAAUGAAAGUAAUUGGAUUGUUUAAAAUUCAUGGGGAUCUGGAUGGGGUGAAAAGGGACAUAUCAGAUUAUAUUAAUAAAACACAUGUGGUAUCUUAAAUUAUCCUUGGUAAAUUUAUUGA